UAUAGUCAGAAACCCUAGUCCAACCUCAACUUGCAUCCUUUGUAAAACACACACACAGUUUCCAUUCAGCGCCAUCUGCACCUGCUAAUCAUCUGCUGCCAUGGUGAAGUAUUCGAAGGAACCUGAAAACCCCACAAAAUCUUGCAAAGCUAGGGGUUCAGAUCUCAGGUGUCAUUUUAAGAACACUCGAGAGACUGCACAUGCAUUACGUAAGAUGUCUUUGAUCAAGGCUAAGAGCUACUUGGAAGAUGUUCUUGCCCAUAAACAAGCUAUUCCAUUCACACGUUUCUGUCGUGGAGUUGGACGUACUGCACAGGCAAAGAAUCGCCAUUCGAAUGGACAGGGACGUUGGCCUGCUAAAUCUGCAAAGUUUAUUCUGGACUUGCUUAAGAAUGCUGAGAGUAAUGCAGAAGUUAAGGGGUUGGAUGUAGAUGCCCUUCACAUCUCUCACAUCCAGGUCAACCAAGCACAAAAGCAGAGACGCCGUACUUAUCGUGCUCAUGGAAGAAUCAACCCUUACAUGUCUUCUCCUUGUCAUAUCGAGCUGACUUUAUCUGAGAAGGAAGAACCCGUCAAGAAAGAGCCUGAGAGUCAGUUGGCUGCAAAAAAGAAGUAGAUUAUAGCGUAACACAAGUGGCAAAUCUGCUGAAUUUGGCAAGUUGUUUUGUACUAGAAAGAGCCUUUAUUUUUGUCCUCGUUUGUCGUCUGUGAAACAUCUUUGAAGAUUUCUAUUAAUGUUCUACUUAUGAGAUCCUACAUGCAUGAUAUUAGAGACAAAUGUGUUGCAACUAAGCUUUUAUGUGUUGGGCCUUUUAUGAAGUUA